CCAAUGGUAGCCUGGAGUUGAUAACUGACCUUGCCACAACCACAAAUCAUAAAAUUGAAUCUCAGUACAACCAACUAUUAGUAACUGUGUGCGCUAUGAAUAGUAAUACGAAGACUAACGAUAAAGGUACGGGUACCGGCACUACAGAGUCCCCUCUUCUGUUUGCGGAUGACUUGAUUUGGAGUGGCCAGAUUCUAUCGUUUGUUGGUGUUGGACAGUACGCCUUUGUAGGGCCUGUCAACAAAAGAAUCAACAAGCUUUACAGAGAGCACUGCAAAAGUGAACUCAAGAAAAAUCCAAGAAAGGUUACCGACACGCCGGGGACACGCCCAAAUUCUAUCGGCUUUAGAGCUCGCUCGCCUGAAGUCACCGACACUCUUUGCAGUGAAACAUUCUGUAACCUGCCACGUGCAGAAUACUGGCUCAAGGAUAAUUCCAGCAACAAAAAACCUGAUCGUGAUAAUGUUUGCAAUGUCAUUGCCAAAAUUGGAAAUAUUAUGGUCAUGAAAUGGGCUCGACAGAAAGGAUUUCCGUGGGAUGUGAGAACAUGCUGCAUGGCUGCUCUAGGUGGUCAUUUAGAAAUGAUCCAAUGGUUAAGAGCAAAUGGAUGUCCAUGGAAUGAGUGGACUUGUUUAUGUGCUGCUGAAAACGGACAUUUGGAAAUUCUAAAGUGGGCCCGCGAAAAUGCUUGUCCAUGGAACGAAGAGACAUGUGCUGGAGCUGCUAAGAAUGGACAUUUGGAAACUCUCCAAUGGCUGUAUGCGAAUGGCUGUCCGUGGAAUGAAGAGACAUGUCGGGGGGCUGCCCUAAAUGGACAUUUGGAAAUUCUGAAGUGGGCUCUUGAAAAGGAUUGCCCAAUUAAUGAAAGGACAUGCUGCAUGGCUGCUCUAGGUGGUCAUUUGGAAAUUUUAAAGUGGGCUUAUGAAAAUGGAUGUCCAUUUGGUGCAGAAGAGACAGGUUGUCGUGCUGCAGAAGGUGGACAUUUGGAAAUUCUCCAAUGGCUGCAUGCAAAUGAUUGUCCAUUGGAUGAAUAUGCAUGCGCAAGUGCUGCUUAUGGUGGACGUUUUGAAAUUGUGAUUUGGUUGAGAGAAAAUGGUUGUCCGUGGGAUGAGCGGACAUGCUCACAUGCUGCUCUGUGUGGACAGUUGGAGUUUUUAAAAUGGGCUCGUGAAAAUGGUUGUCCAUGGAACGAAGAGACAUGCUCAUAUGCUGCUCGAAGAGGUCGCCUUGAUGUGCUCAAGUGGGCUCGUGAAAAUGAUUGUCCAUGGAAUGAAAGGACAUAUGAAGAAGCAUGCAUGUAUUUCAAUUGCGAAAUGAUCAAAAGUGAGAUGAUCCAGUGGCUACGCGACAAUGGCUGCCCUGGGUCUCAAAAUGAAGUUAGCUAUCGAUUAUAGUGCGAUCUGGUUGCAUCCACCACUAAAACAACAACAACAACAAAAUCUUUAUAAUGGCAAUUUCCAUAGAGUAGUAGCCAGCCAUUUGUUUCAUUA